AUUUUUCCCUGCGAUCAAAAUCAACGUGGCCGCGGAGCGAAAUGAAAGUUGUGAACGUUGUGACAGCGUCUGUAAUUGGUGUCAGAUAAAUAUUUUGUGCUAUGUAAUUUUGUUACUGUAGUUUAGGUAUUUUAAUGUUGUCAGAUGAUAACGUUUCACUAAAGAAUAAUGGCAAACCAUUCAAGUGCAUCAUCGUAUAGUGAGUUACAAGAAAUUAAGAAAUUGUUGUGGGGCCCGUAUGUGAAAGAGGACGUUUUUCGAAGAUGGGCACAAGGAUUCCAUUGUAGCAAGGAUGAGCCAACUGCCCUUGUUCAAAGUGAAGGGGGCCCAUGCGCUGUACUGGCGCCUGUUCAAGCAUUUAUUCUUAAAUCUUUGUUAUCUGAAUCAGUGGGAAACAAUUGGAGAGAGGCUGAUGCAGAUAAAUGUAAUGAGUUACUUGUCCAGGCUGCAUGUGAUAUCUUGACGCAAGCUAGUGAAAAUAAUGGAGGGCGUUAUGUGGUGGUUCAUAUGAAUAAUGAUUUGAGAAGUCAUACUUCACCCAACAGUGUUCUAACAAAUGGAGAAGAACCAAUAGAAAAUCCAUCAACAGAGCUCAUAGAAACGUCGGCUAAACGACAGAAAUUAGAAUAUGAGCAUUUCCAUACACAACUUAGAUUACUUCCACUGGAACGUGUUGAAGAAGUUGAAGCAUUCUAUUUUGAAAGAAUAGAAACCUUAAGAGAAACAUUUGGAGUCUUACUCCUCUUGUACUCUGUUAUUUCAACAAAGGGAGUGGAGCAGAUUCGGAGUGAAAUGAAUGAUCCUACGGAACCACUAAUUGAUGGGACAUAUGGGUAUGGAAGCCAAAGUUUAAUUAAUCUGAUGUUGACUGGACGAGCAGUUGGACACAUAUGGAAUCAUGACCAGGAUGUUGGUGGGUUAAAAUUACGUGGAAUAAACUGCCAGAGUGAGGUGGGCUUCCUUGCAUUGUUAGAGCACUUACGCUACUGUGAGGUUGGUUCUUUUCUAAAGAAUCCCAAGCAUCCUGUGUGGGUCAUGGGCAGCGAAACACAUCUAACAGUACUCUUCUCCUUGGAGAGGCGCUUGGUAAGCCCAGAGACCCCUAGUGAAGUGGCAAGACGUGUUUUUAAGAGCUUUGACCCUGAAGGAAAUAACUUCAUCUCCGCUGUGUUGCUACAGGAUGUAUUAAGAGCAUUAGAACUAGUCUCAGAGGCAGAAUAUGUGGAAAUCAUGACAAGAAAGCUUGAUGCAGAGAAUCUGGGUAUCAUCUUGCUUAAUGCUUUCAUGGAAGAAUUCUUUCCAGAAGAGAAGCAGUCAACACCAGACACAUUCACACUGUUUCAUUAUAAUGGCCAGCCUCGCUCAUGUCCUGAUGGAAGGAUUGUGAAUCGCUAUCACCAGCAGACUCACAAGGGACGUCAGAUAGCUCAUCGGAGAAGAAGUCAGAUAUUUCUUGUUCUCCGAGAAAACGCUUGGACCUCAACCUCUUCCGACCUCGAUCCAUUUGCACUAGUACGAGUAACUUCCUGCCUGGUGCAUGCAGCUAGAAGAUAAACAAAGGCAUUUUCUUUUUGAGUGUGAAAGGAAAACAGCAGGGUCAUGUUACUGACUACGAAGCAAACAUUCAAGAGGUCUAUCAUGCACCAGU